GACCAUGGAUAUUGCAUCUUUCAGCAGGGAUGCACUAGAGUGCUUUUGUUGUCCAGUUCUUCAAGAGAUUGAUUACCUCCUUCACUACACCAAAAACAUAAACGAAUUCAAAGAUCAAGCACAAAGACUGAACGCUGUUGUGUCGGACGUCAAAUAUGCAGUUGAGCAGGCAGAAAGAAAUAGAGAAGGAAUCAAAAAUGAAGUCCAAGUCUGGUUACAAAGAGCCAAUAAAAAAGUCACUGAGGCUCAAAAUCUUCUGGACAAUGAAGUACAAGCGAACCGGAACCACAGAUGCGCAUGUGCUUGCUGUUCUCCUGAUUGGCUUUCGCGCCACAGGUUGAGCAAGCAAGCAGUGAGUAUUGGUAAAGAGAUGGGUGUUAUUUGUGAAGAAAAGAAGAGUUUUGAGAUUGUUUCUCUGCCUGCAAUUCCGGAACCUACAGCACCAGUACCAGCCGGUCAUUUCGUGUCUUUUGAAUCCACCAAAAAUGCUAUGGAAGACAUCUUGAAAGCUCUGAAAGAUGACAACAACAACACCAACAUCGUCGGGGUUCAUGGAAUGGGCGGUGUGGGCAAGACCACAAUGGUAAAACAAGUUGCAGAAAAGGUCAUGACCGAAGGUCACUUCCAUCGUGUGGUGAUGGCCACUGUGUCGCAGACUGUGAAUCUCAAAAAAAUUCAGAGUUCCAUUGCGGACGGUCUAGAACUCCUUUUGAAAAAGAAGAGUGAAGAAGGGAGAGCAAAAGAACUGAGGGAAAAGAUAAUGGCAGAUGAAAGAAUCCUUGUAAUUUUGGAUGAUGUCUGGGAAUGGAUUGAUCUAUCCAGCAUUGGAAUCCCAAUUGGCAGCGACCUUGAGGCUUGCAAAUCGAAGAUCUUACUGACUACGAGACGAGAACAUGUUUGCAAUUCGAUGGGAUGCAAAGAAAAUAGGAUCCAUCUCAAUAUCUUAUCCCCGGAGGAUUCUUGGGAUCUAUUCAUAAAGACAGCAGGCACAGUUUUUGACUCCACUGAAUUUGAAGCUGUAGCUCGCGAGGUUGCAGGGGAAUGUCAGGGCCUUCCCUUGGCACUAGUAACAGUGGCGAGGGCGCUGGGUGACAAAGAUGAGGAAGAAUGGAAGAAGGCAGCGAGGCGACUUAAAAGGUCAGUAUCUCCAAACCCUGAUCAUCAGGAAAAAGUUACUGAAUGCAUUAAGUUGAGCUAUGAUUUUUUGAAAGAUCGGGAAGCCAAGGCGUGCUUCUUGAUGUGUUGUCUCUUUCCAGAAGAUCACAAUAUCAGCAAGGAGGUUUUGGCGAGGUAUGGGAUGGGGCUGCGCUUGUUUCAUCAUGUUGACACAUUGGAUGAAGCAAGAGGAGAUGCUGAUACCUUCACCAAAAAUCUCAUAGACUCAGGAUUGUUGUUAAAGUGUGAUGAGGAUGCAUUUGUAAAAAUGCAUGAUGUUGUACGCGAUACAGCUAAAUUGAUAUCAUCAUCAGGAAAUGAGGAGCUAUUUAUGGCACAAGCUGGUUCUGCUUUAGAAGAGUGGCCACGGCGAGACACUCGUUUUGAAAGCUACACCGCAGUCUCAGUUAUGUUCAAUGAUAUCAAAAGACUUCCUGAUGAGCCGGUAUGCCCUAAACUCCGAGCCUUGUUGUUGCAGGAAAAUAAAAACUUGAGGGAAAUCCCAAGUGGAUUUUUUAAUAGAAUGACUACCCUUAAGGUGUUGGAUAUAAGUGGGUUGCCGGUAUUGUCACUUCCACCAUCAAUUAGACUCCUAGAGAACCUUUGCACCUUAUAUAUGGAUCGUUGCAAGUCAAAAGAUAUUUCAAUAUUAGGAGGACUCAAGAAGCUGGAAAUACUUAGCCUCAAUAGAUCUUUUAUUAAUACCUUCCCAGAAGAAUUAGCAGAAUUGACUGAGUUAAGGAUGCUGGAUAUGAGAUCUUGUGCUUAUAUCCAAACUAUCUCGCCGAACAUAAUAUCAAGAUUACAUGGGUUGGAGGAGUUAUACUUGCAAGGAAGCUUUUGCCAAUGGGGUAAUAGGGUGGGGGGAACCAAUGAAGAAAGGAAUGCAAGCCUUGAAGAGUUGAUAAACUUGCCUCAACUAACAGUUUUGAAGAUUGACAUAGAAGGUGUUAAUUGCUUACCCCGUAAUGUAAACUUUAGUCCAAAGUGGGAGAAGUUUGACAUAUGUAUAAAUGGAUCAUUCUUCAACAGGCUAUUGAAUGUGAACUUGUCCAUAUUGAAACGGGUACGUACAAGGACCUUGUUUAUUGACACUACAAUGAGCACCUUACCAGAUUGGUUCAUUAAGGCUGUGGCCGAAAAAGCAGAGAUGAUUAUCUAUUCAUGGUGCUGGAAUCUCAAAAACAUUCUGGUAGAAUAUGAUAAGGGGAGGUUGUUUGGUUUGAAGUGUCUCUAUGUUCAACAAAGCAACAGUGAACAAUGUUUAAUACCCUUAGCAGCAGAGGGUAUCCCAAACACUCCAGUGUUUGAAAAAUUGCAGGAAUUACACAUUCACAAUAUGGAAUCUGUGAAAGAGAUAUGUGUUGGUCAACUACCGCCUGGAUCCUUUGAAAAACUUAAAUUCUUGGAGGUGCAACAGUGUAUUUACCUGGAGAACUCACUUCUGCAUUCAAACAUGAUACAGAGGUUGAAUAAUCUGGAAAUACUGAAGGUAACUGGGAAUUCUAUUAAGGAGGUGUUUGGAUUUGAAGGAUUAGAGGAAGGACGCCGUUACUUGGAAAGGUUAAAAGAACUCAGAUUGGACAAUCUUUCUCAAUUAGCAAGCAUAUGGAAAGGCCCUUGUCAGCUUGCAGAUUUCAGAAAUGUCAAAACUGUGAUUGUCAUUAAAUGCAACAAAUUGAAAUUUCUCUUCUCACCCUCCAUGUCUCAAGGUCUUUUGCAUUUGGAAGAGCUUUGGGUAGAGGAUUGCUCUGACUUGGAUGAAAUUAUUCAGAAAGAUGGUGGAAUUACUUUGGAUAAAAUGACAUUACCUCGACUAAAGACCUUAGCACUGCAAAAUCUAGCACUUCUUGUUAAUUUCUAUGAUGGAAAUUCUUCCUUGGAGUGCCCUUUUCUGGAACAUUUGCAUGUUCGAGACUGUCCAAAUUUCAGAACAUCUAACUUUCACAGCUCCAAACAAGUCCACUUUAACAAUGAACGCCACUAUAACCUCCUAAAGAAGAGACUGAAAGAACCGGAAGAUAUGUCAAAUGCUGUGGAAUAGAGAUGACACUGGAUUGGCAGCCCGUGUGGAAGUGUGCUGCAAGCUGCUUUCAAAUGCAUGGACUUGAAGAGGCUGUCAUUUGGAUUCUUAAGGAGCUACAUUUCUUUCAAAGAAAAUAUGUGGUUAGCUUCUUUAUUUGUCGUCUGUUAAUGUUGUAUGGCAAUUGUGUAGCCAGGAUAUCUGAAUUAGUUUAUUCAAAUGCUUGAUGU